AUGUCCGCCACGACUACUAUUGCGCCAUUGACAAAUACGUCUCAAGAUAAAAACGACAAGCCCGAAACGUCCCAUGCUGUUCAAGCCAUCUCGCAGGGAGUUCCUCUGCCCGGGAUCCCCUCAUUCACAUCCAUCGACAAGAGGCGACGAUGGAUGCUAGAGCACAUGGCCGGCGCGUUUCGGGUUUUCGGCCGUAACGGAUAUGGCGAGGGAAUGGCCGGCCAUAUCUCUCUGCGUGAUCCCGAGCAUUUAGACUGCUUCUGGACUAAUCCACUAGGAGUCCACUUCAGCCUGGUCAAAGUGUCGGAUCUCAUUCUGCUCAACCAUAACGGCGAGCCUGUAGGUGGGAACAUGAAACGACCAGCCAACGCGGCAGGAUUCCAGAUCCACGGCCAUUUACACCGCAAAUAUCCUCAUGUCAAUGCGGCGUGUCACACGCAUUCGGUCAACGGCAAAGCAUGGUCGACCUUUGCCCGCCCCUUGGACAUGAUCAACCAAGAUGUGACCAUGUUCCAUGGCGAGGCACAGGCGGUUUAUCCCGAGUUUGGCGGUGUCGUGUUUGAUCCGGAGGAAGGAGAGCGCCUGGCCAAAGCCCUUGGACCAAAGGGCAAGCUCCUUAUCCUCAAAAACCACGGGCUUUUAACAGUUGGUCAAACAGUAGACGAAGCCGCGUAUCUUUUCACCUUGGCUGAGAGGAGCUGUGAGAUACAGCUCAAGGUUGAUGCAGCUGCCGCAGCUGGUAUUCCCAAGCAGAUCAUUGAUGAUAAGGUAUCCGAGUAUACAUUUCAGAUGACCAGUGAGCCGGAGGCACACUACUGCGAGUUCCAACCCGCGUAUGACCUUGAGCUGGAGAUGUCCGGAGGGCGAUUUCUCGAGUGA